GAAUUAAUUCAAAGCAAUUAAAAUGAUCGGGGAUAUCCCCUUUCAAUUCCAAAAAUAUUGAAGUCUGCCGUUAUAUCAAAAAUAAGAAUUUUAUUUGUUUUUUGAAUUUGCAUAAGAAACAAAAUUAAACAAACCUAAAAACAGACUUCUGUUGAAACAAGUUCCGAAUGCAAAUAUUUGAAAUUGAAGUAAGUGACAAGUAUUAAAAACAAUUAAAAAUACAAUCAGCAUUUGGUAAUAGCGAUUGACAUAAAUAAAAACAGGAACUGGUUCAAUUACCGAUUCCGAUUAACUCGGGAUGUCUGUAUAAAAGCCUCCCACUUUCUAUCAGAUGGCACAACAGACACCCACGAUGAAGUUCCUUGCAAUUUGCGCUCUAUUGAUCCUUGCCCUCGUGGCAGUCCAGGCCAAUCCACACAGAGGUUAUGGCGGAUUUGGAGGUGGUGGCUACGGACCCGGCUUCGGAGGACCUGGCGGCUAUCCCGGCUUUGGUGGCGGUGGGGGCUUCGGAGGAGCUUCCGCAAGAGCUGACGCCAGUGCGAGCUCAAAUGCUGGAGGAUACGGAAGUCCAUACGGAGGAUUUUACUAAUAGGAAGUAACAUUUCUCCUGCUGAUUUUGAGACCUACUGCAAACCCUACUCAUUGCCCUUCA